AUGUUCAAUUUUUCUUCCGUCAAUGCGGGAAAAGGGAAACUCACUACUACUCCUGGACCUUGUUUCGGUCUGACAGGAGGCUCUUCGGAGAUCUCGGUCAAUAACCCAAGCAACCAAAUAAGCUGCUGUCCCUUGCAGUGCGCGCCCGCGUCCGUGCAGAUUAGUAGUGCCCGUCGAUCCGCUUCGUCGUCAUUGUCUUGUCUUGGACCACGCACCGCCGAUCAAUUGCCUUCUGAGGGAGUUCGUCGCCAAAAACACACCCCAGUGUUAUCCAUGUCUCGUCACUGGGGAAGAUAG